CCUCCCAACCCAGGAAGAUAAGCAAAGACCAGUCUGCAACUAUGGAGGUGCAGGCUGAAAUCCGGCCGAUCCCGGGAUAUUACUGCUGCUACCUUCUUCGCUCAACCGUCCGACACGCCUCUCUUUACAUUGGAUCCACGCCAAACCCGAUUAGGCGACUUUCUCAGCACAAUGGGGAUGCUAAAGGCGGAGCCAAGCGCACGGCUCGUGACCAAUUACGACCAUGGGAGAUGGUUUUGGUCGUCGAGGGUUUCAUGAGCCGCGUAGGGGCUCUCCAAUUCGAAUGGGCUUGGCAACACCCAGACAGAACGAGACACAUCGCCUCAGAUGCCGAUGAUCAUCCAUCUCAAUCAAAAGUCGUUGUGAACCCAAAGACUGGGAAAACAAAACCACGACCCGGUCGCUCUAGGAGAUCUUUGACGGCCCAUCUAGAGGACCUACACACCCUACUACGAUCGGCCUACUUUUCCACGUGGCCUUUACGUGUGCGGUUCUUCUGCGCAGAUGUCUAUCGCGUCUGGAGGGUGUGGAACGACCGUGUGAGUACGCCUCUUCCUGCGGACAAAGUCAUCCUGGAUGGGGACUGUUCAAUGCAAGGUGGUGUCAAUAACAACCAAAGAGUGGAUCACAUUCAAAAUCUAUCAGUCGACUACACACCACUCGAAAGCUACCUCGAGAAGUCGAUGUUUAUUCUGGACGACUCAGACGAGCUGCAAUGUCAGAUAUGCAAAGCGCAAGUUGAACCCAGUACGCAACAGAUCGUGAUGUGUCCACAGAGUUCGUGCCGAGGCACCAGUCAUCUAUUGUGUCUAUCUACCCAUUUUCUCGAUACAGGUGAUGACUCAGAUGCCCUUGUGCCGACACGGGGCAACUGUCCAGCAUGUAAAGAAAUUGUGGGGUGGCCGCUCAUGAUGCAAGAGCUGAGUCUUCGCAAUCGAGCCGAGAAGGAAGCUCGAUUAAUCCUGCGCAGGAAAGACAAGCGCGAACGGAAGGAAUUGGCGAAACAUUCAAGUAGCCAAAGCAGCCCCAAGAAAUCGACCACCGCGCGUGACGUCUCCAUCGAACCAACGUGCUCUCUCACCGAACAUGACCCCUUGUUGGAUGAUGAUUGGUGUGAAAGAGUAGAGCUGGAGUCGGAUACAGAGUUCAGCAGUGGGAAGCGCGCUCUAUCAUCUCCACAGCCCACCAGAUUGGAAAUCGUGAUUGAAGAUAGCGACUGGGAUGAUGCAGAAUCGUAG